CUGUAACGAAGUCACUGAUUUGGGACAAGCUUAACCAGUGAGUCUUGGCAGGUUUGGACAUGUAUGAAGCUAGCUACCUAGAUGCCUAGAGUGGACUUUAAUUCCACUGCAGUGGCCAUGUGUCUUACCUGACAAAUGGAUUUAUCACCAAGCCAACUCAUAUUAAGGUUCUGCUUUUACAAGGUAUGCUUUUUAAAAAGCAGAGCUUCCUGGUAAUGCUGCAUGACUGAGACUGUGACAUGCAGAAGGGCUGAAGUGUGUUUUAUGUUCGUACCUCUUGCAGCUACACCAUGUUCUAUUAGAUUACAAACAGUGACUACUGGAGCACAGAGCAGCGCUCUGACAGUUCUGGAAAGAAAACAAGGAAGAGAAGGAAGAGACUAAGGUAGCCAGAAUGACCAAAAUGGGACAACUGGAUAUCCAAUAAUUGAGAGUCCUUUGGAGGAAAUACAAAGUCUGCAGAGAUUCACACAGAGCUCACAGAUGGACAUGAAUGGGAAGGCGGUUGGGAAAGGACCUGCCAGCACCACCAGCGAUGUCAACUCCAACUGCCUCACCAUGGUGACUGAUCUGUCCCUGGAAUCACAGCCCAAUGGACGGGCCUCUCGGUCAUCCAAGAAAGCUGUUACAUUUGGGAAGCGAUCUAACUCCAUGCGGAGGAACCCCAAAGCUGAAGUCUCCAAGCAAGGCUGGCUGUACAAGCAGGCGAGCAAUGGAGUAAAACAGUGGAACAAGCGAUGGUUUGUACUGACAGACCGCUGUCUCUUCUAUUAUAAAGACGAGAAAGAGGAAGGAGUGCUGGGGAGUCUCCCGCUCCUCAGCUUCCAGAUCGGGGUGGUCCAGCCUGCAGAUAACAUCACCCGCAAGCACGCCUUUAAGGUCUUUUGUGAAGUGGAAGAGAAGGAGGCAAAUAGUAACGGGAGCUCGGGCUUCUGUUUGCAGGCUGAGCACGCCGGCACCCGCACCUACUUCUUCAGUGCCGACAGCACAGAAGAGCAAGAGGACUGGGUGCACGCCAUGAGUGAGGCAGCGUGCAUGCAUUUUGUGCCUGCUCUGAGCAGGAACAACUCAGAGAACAUCCCUCCAGCAGGAGGGAAUACCAUGGCGGUGACUAAAGGAGCAGAGCCUCACCAGCAUGGCGAGGGCAACACCCAGAGGAUGGAAUCGAGGAAGGCUACUCGGCAGGAUGCUAAGCCUGAGGUCAAUGGUGUGGAAUCCAAAGAGACCACCAGCCCCACCACACUGGGGACCCCACACUUAAACAGUAGAGACAGUGGCUAUCAACCAAAUGGGUGGGGAAAAUCUGAGUCUCCCCAUGACCCAGCCUUCCAACCACAGGAAUCACAUGAUCAGCGGGAAAACACAGUACUGCGCAGGGGCUUUGUGCCAAGGACACAAUCAGAGAGGAUGGCACAGAGAAAAAGCUCCAUGACACAACUGCAGCAAUGGGUGAACCAGCGUAGGAGCAUGACUGCACAGGAGGAUAUACGCAGUCCUUCUCACUUCUACACAGUGAACAGAGGCAUGGCUCCUGAAUACUACGGAGUGUACAGUGGUUCCCCUUACGAUGAAGAGUACCCCUUGUAUCCCCCGGGCAUACGGCCUGAGAGCAUCUGCUCCAUGAUAGCUGGGUUUGAUAAGCUAUCACCCCGGUGGGCAACCGAAGAACGCAGGCGCUCUCUGAUGGACGGACCCCUCUAUGGGCGUGAGCCCCAGUGGGCGGCUGCCCCGCCUGUCCCUCCCCCAGGCUACUAUCAUGGCCAGCUAGAGUCAGCGGAAACAUCCAUGCGAAGCCUGUCCAUGCAACCACGCUCGCGUUCUGUGCCACGGUCGCCCUCCGCCUCCUCCCCAGGGCCGUACUCCCCCGGGCCUCGCAACUUCCCAUCGCCAGUCCGCUCUCCCAGUGCUCCCUUUGACCGUGGCCCAGGGCGACACCGGGAAGAUCCCAUUUAUGCUGACCCUUCCAUUUAUGGCCUCAGAAGGUCAAUCAGCUCACCCAAGUAUGAGUAUACCAGAGACAGACGGUCCACUAGCCAAGGAAUGUAUCAUUACAAGUACCCCGGUUCACCUUCUCUGCAUGACAAAAUGAAGGACAUCUUAGACCUUCAGCUUCAGAGGAACCUGGAGUACUUAGACCAGCAGGUGAUGGAGGGCGACCACUUGAUCGGCUUGGUAACCAGAAUGGUGGAGCACUCACCCAGAGCCAAAUUCUACCUUCAACAGGUUCCCCCAUUCCAUGAGGUCUACAGGGACAUUCACCCCUUGUACAAGGCUAAUGAGAUUGAAACUGGCAAAUUACUGGGCCGACUAUGUGACCAGCACAGACUUUUGAAGGAGCAGGAGGCAAUAGUUCAGCGUCUCCGUAUGGAAAAGGAGAGCUUGGAGGGGGCACUGGUGGCCACACACCAGGAACUGGAGCUGUACAGGAGCCAGCCCUCUGUGGCCAGCAAGCUACAGCUGAAGAAGGAGACACUGCAGAACCAGCUCAUCAAUAUUCGUGGAGAACUCUCACAGGCAUCCAGUACCCUGACCACAAUCAGGAUGGAGUUUGAUGCACUGGAGGAUGAAGUUAAUGCUGUUCAUGGUGACCUCUGGGAACAGCUGAACGCUGGUGGGCAGAAUGAGCUGCUGCAUCAGCACAUCCAGAAAGAGUUCUGGAAAAUCCAGGAUGUGCUUGAGGGACUGCACAAGAACAACCCAUCCCGGGGCAUGGACACUGCGAAAAACAGAGUGGUCAGCGGAGCAUCUGGAUCCUUCAGUACAAACAGCCCUGCCAGCCCACUUAGCUCUGUCAGUCUCACAAGCCCCCUCAGCCCCUUCUCUCCUGUCUCAGGCUCCCAGAGCUCCCCCUCCAAGCUGGCGGCCAUGGAGCACAAAUUCAACUACCGGUCUGACCUCUUAUUGGGGGAGAAAGUUAACAGUCGUGACUGCCAGAAACUGGAGCAGGAUAGGCAAGCUAAUAUGAACAAAGUUGGUAUAGUUCCUCCCAGAACUAAGUCUCCGACAGAAGACGAACUGAACUCUUAUGAUGCCAUCUAUCGUAGAAAUGGAAACGUUCCCAAUGGGAUUGCACGGGAGAGACCCAAGAGUGCCGUCUUCCCAGCAGAGGUCAGAUCCAAGAUGAGUGUAGAGGAGCAGAAUGAGAGAAUCAGGAGGAACCAGAGCAACAGCGUGCGGGACAAGAGGCGAAGUCUGAACCUCCCAAGCUCUCAGCCUAUCGAUGGCUUGAAAACUUCCACUAAUUAUAGAGUGGUCCGGCGUAGAUUGACAGCACAUGAGGUGGACAUCAAAGACCUGGAGGCGGCAGUGCGGGGGGAAGGUGUAGAAUCGCCCCGGGAGGAGAUUGCACGGUUGCGACGACUCCAGAUUGAGCCUGAUGCAUACAACAUGGGCCUGAAUAAGGAGCUGUCAGCACCAGAAAAGGUUCUGAUUCCAGAACGGUACUUGGACGUAGAACCCAGCACACCUCUGAGUCCUGAGGAGGAGCGAGAGAAGCAAAAGAAGGUGGAGCGGAUCAAGACACUAAUUGCCAAAUCAAACUUGCAGAACGUUGUUCCCCUUCUGGACGGCCCUGCCGAGAGCCGAGAGACUGAUCCAGAACAGCAACUUCAGGAACAGGAGAAGCGAAUUGAGAUCUCUUGUGCUUUAGCUGCCGAAGCAUCUCGACGCAGCCGACUCCUGUCCGCUCAGUGCGCCCUGAGCCCCUCUGCCUCCCCUACCAGCUUGGCCCCUCUCCCCUCUGCUGACUUCUCUGACUCCUCUCAGAUCAUGAAGGUGUGAGUCUGUGAAGCCCAGGCUUUGGCUGCUGUGAAGUUCAAUGGAGCAUCAUUCUGAAAAUUGAAAAUAUGGAUAGAUUCUUAAAUAUUCUUUUUCCCAGAGUAUAUUUUUUUAGUCAGUCAUUUUACAGCAGCAAGAGAGAAUAGAAUUUAUGUUUUUUGUGAUUGCUUUCAAGACGUGGUGACCACAAGAAAUACCAGUUUCUAAAUUGCAGUAGAAGCAACAACUUCCCUUCUGUAUGACCACAUAUUCUCCAAUUAAGUGCAGUCAAGCCCAUCUUGCCUGCAAAGUCAAAGUUGUCAGACUGAAUAGUUUCCAUACUGCAAACUUCAAGCUGCUUGGAAUGGAACUAUGAAGCCAUUUAUAAAGCUGAAACUAGCCAGAGAGAUGCAGGGUGAUUCUACUAAUGUGCUGAAAUCUCAGAUUGUAUUACACAGUAUCCCAGCUUAGGGUGGUGGUCAGGUGAGGAAGCUACAUAAAUUACUAAUUAGUAAAGGAUCCAGGGAGAGUUGGACAAUGCUGUAAGUCAAAAUUCACAGAGGAACCGAAGAGUGCAGAAGGUUGGGGGAAGUCUUCAGCUUGAGACGGAUGAGACGAACCAGAGGCGACUCAGAUGGCAGGCUCAAGAAACAGUUGCUGAGAUGCAUUUGACACCUGGGACAGUUGUUGACUGUGUGACCAGUUGAACCAAACGCCCAUUCCUGAGGCUGCUUAGGCUGGGGAGAGAAGACCCAUCUACUGACUUGCAGCACAUGUCUGUGGGCACACACUUCUACACUUCAUUAGAAGCCCCUGCUCAUGCUCAUAUGUGGAGUGCACACCUUGUGGACACCAAACACACUGUGACACUUUUCAGCACCCCUUGUUAUAUCUUCUCUGCAUAGGGCUUGUUGUUUCAUACGUGCACAGUCUGGUAUCAUCCCAGCACUGUGUGUAUGUGCGUGUGUACAUGCGUGUGUGUGUAUGUAAAUAUAUGCACACACACAAAUAUAAAAGACGUUUGCUUGUAAAACAUACCUUUGCAUCAAAGUAAGUAUUCUUCUAUGAUACCCACAGUUAUAUUCUUAGUUUGAGAAAAUGCAUAGAUUGUGAACUGGGGUUUUGGGGUAAAAAGAAGUGGCCUUAGAAUUGUAAUAUUGCUAGUUAAAUCACAGAUUUGUUCACCUUCCAAUGGAUCAGCAAUUUGUCUACCACAUAGUUCAUUCUCUAAAUACCUUCUCAUUAUUUGUUAAGGUGUCAAUCAGUUUAUUAGUUUCCAAACUCUAUAUAUAUAUAUAUAUAUAUAUAUAUAUAUAUAUAUAUAUAUAUAUAUAUAUAUAUAUAUAUAGUUGCUAUGUAUUUAAAUGCACCAUUUUAUGCAUAAAUUAUAUUAUAUAUUUACCCAUAUCAUUGCUUUAUGGGUUCUGAACCGGGUGCAAUUUUGGCAUAUAAUUAGUCUGUACUCUGAUAAAUACAAAUGAAAAUGUUUUAUAACAGCAGGACUUUAAGAACUAAUUGUCUUCAUUGAACAGCUUCUACAUAAUGACCAAAAGUUUCUAGCAUUGGAAGGUCAGCUGCUCCCUCAUAUGCUGUAGCUGUGUAAAACCACUGUGCUGUGGAAAAUAAACUAGCACUUACUAUAUACACCAUGCUUUACUUGCAUUAAUCUCCACAAGUCUCACUUACUCUGUAAGAAAAGUGUCCAAACUGUUUAUCCAGGCAAGAGGAGACCGAGAGACAUUCCAUCUUGUAGUGAGUAAUUCAUAGUCACUCCAGAAAAGAACCAGAAAUCACCCUGCAAGGCCUCUUCAUGCCUCUCUAUAAUGAGAGUUGUUUACCAACCUUAUGUUUGAACCAUUCGUCUCUUUUAAUGUGGAGAAGUAGUGUUAUCACUUUAAGAACUCAUUUCAAGUGUUUGUGUUAUGUCCUUGUUCACAGUUUUCUUGAGAAAACAUUCAGUUUCCCCCAUCCAGUAUAUUUGUGUACCGUGUUUGGACACAGAAUAAGCAUUCUUUUGUGUCAAUGUAAUUGUAUACUUUUAUUCAAGGUAACAUUAUAAGUAUAUAUUUAAAAUGACAAGCCAAACUGCCACAGGAUGGCAAUAUAUAAAUUUUCUAAUGAUCACUGCUAGAAACCACAAGUUUCAAUGAAAAGUUUUAUAUUUUUAUUGUUUUUGGGUGAGAAAAGUAAAAAGAAAAGUUGGAUACCAGACAUCAAGUAUUUUUAUGGAUAUAUGAGUACAUUAUGGGAAAAUAUUAGUUUUCAGGUGGAAAACAUUUUGCAUUCCAAAAAAGUAACAAAAUACCACAAAAACAUAAAUGUAGAAUCUGAAAAAUUUUCCUUUCAAGCAGAAGUUCAAAUGCCAAGAGUAAUUAUUUUAUCGACUGAGCAUUUGAACAGAUUGCGUGAAAAAAAUGAGUGAAAUGCAAAAUGGUACAUGCUGUGGAAUUGUAUUUGCUUAUAUAAAUUAGGAAACAGUGCUGUGAGAUGAGAAAUUUAAUUUGGUAGUGUAAAUAUUUCUAGCAUAAACUACAUUAAGAUUUGUAUUGUUAUUUUGGGUAAAAGUAAACUGCUUGAACUAUGCAAAAAUGACAUUAAAUAAUGAUGCUUGCUUUAAAAUUCCAUUAUCUUGCAAUAAAGUGAAUGUAUUCCAUUAA